GAUAGCCAUAGACACUGUUAGCGCUUUCCUGGUGAUUUUUCAGAGCUAGUUUAUACACAUAUACAUAUCCACCUCAAUUUCCCCUUAAAUGGAAUCACCCUGAAGAUACAACGUAUCCAGCAGUUGUAGGAGGUAGAGCGGGAAGCCUUCCAGUGUUGGCCAAAACAAGGAAUUUACUGAAGGAUGUUGGGUGGCUUGUAUAUUUUCCAGAAGGGCAGAGAUCCAAGUCUGGAAUCUACACCGCCUGAAGCAAAGCAAAACCCUGCACCAGAUGGUCCAGUGGAGAUAUCACAGCUGAUUCUGCUGGGCUCAGACAGCCUGUGGUCCUGCUGCUUUGGGACACCGGUGUCCACGACAUGCCUUUGCCAGCGUCCUCUGCCCUCACUCCUGCCACCCCCUAUUCUGCUGACAAUGACCGCCCCAGUCAGCGUGGACACCCUUCCUGAAUACGAGAAGAGUCAGAUCAAGAGAGCGCUGGAGCUGGGCACAGUGAUGACGGUGUUCAGCUUCCGCAAGUCCACCCCGGAGCGGAGGACCGUCCAGGUGAUCAUGGAGACGCGCCAAGUGGCCUGGAGCAAGACAGCCGACAAGAUCGAGGGCUUCUUGGAUAUCAUGGAAAUCAAGGAAAUCCGCCCAGGGAAGAGCUCCAAGGAUUUUGAGCGUGCAAAAGCUGUCCGCCAGAAGGAAGACUGCUGCUUUACCAUCUUGUACGGCACCCAGUUUGUUCUCAGCACGCUCAGCUUGGCAGCUGACUCUAAGGAAGAUGCGACUAAGUGGCUCUCGGGCUUGAAAAUCUUACACCAGGAAGCAAUGAGCGCGUCCACACCCACCAUUAUCGAGAGUUGGCUGAGAAAGCAGAUUUAUUCAGUGGAUCAAACCAGAAGAAACAGCAUCAGCCUCCGAGAGUUGAAGACCAUCUUACCCCUGGUCAACUUCAAAGUGAACAGUGCCAAGUUCCUCAAAGAUAAGUUUGUGGAAAUCGGUGCACACAAAGACGAACUCAGCUUUGAGCAGUUCCACGUGUUCUAUAAAAAACUUAUGUUUGAGCAGCAAAAGUCGAUUCUUGAUGAAUUCAAAAAAGAUUCUUCCGUGUUUAUCUUGGGCAACACCGACCGGCCCGACGCCUCCGCCGUUUACCUGCACGACUUUCAGCGCUUUCUCCUACAUGAGCAGCAGGAGCUUUGGGCUCAGGAUCUGAACAAAGUCCGUGAGCGGAUGACUAAGUUUAUCGACGACACCAUGAGGGAAACUGCUGAGCCCUUCUUGUUUGUCGAUGAGUUCCUCACGUACCUGUUUUCGCGGGAGAACAGCAUCUGGGAUGAGAAGUAUGACGUGGUGGACAUGCAGGACAUGAACAACCCCUUGUCCCAUUACUGGAUCUCCUCUUCGCAUAACACGUACCUCACGGGUGAUCAGCUGCGGAGCGAGUCGUCCACGGAAGCAUAUAUCCGCUGCCUACGGAUGGGCUGUCGCUGCAUUGAGCUGGACUGUUGGGACGGGCCCGACGGGAAGCCCAUCAUCUACCACGGCUGGACACGGACCACCAAGAUCAAGUUUGAUGAUGUCGUGCAGGCCAUCAAAGACCAUGCCUUUGUCACUUCAAGCUUCCCAGUGAUCCUGUCCAUCGAGGAGCACUGUUGUGUGGAGCAGCAGCGCCACAUGGCCAGGGUGUUCAAGGAGGUGUUUGGCGACCAGCUGCUGAUGAAGCCCACGGAGGCCAGCGCGGACCAGCUGCCCUCGCCCAGCCAGCUGCGGGGGAAGAUCAUCAUCAAGCAUAAGAAGCUGGGCCCCCGAGGCGACGUGGAUGUCGACAUGGAGGACAAGAAAGAUGAGCACAAGCAACAGGGUGAACUGUACAUGUGGGAUUCCAUUGACCAGAAAUGGACUCGGCACUACUGUGCCAUCGCUAACGCCAAGCUGUCGUUCAGUGACGAUAUUGAACAGACUGCAGAAGAGGAGCUGCCCCAGGAUACACCCCCCACGGAGCUGCAUUUUGGGGAGGAGUGGUUCCACAAGAAGGUAGAGAAGAGGACGAGUGCCGAGAAGCUGCUGCAGGAAUAUUGUGCGGAGACGGGGGGCAAGGAUGGGACCUUCCUGGUGCGGGAGAGCAAGACCUUCCCCAAUGACUACACCCUGUCCUUCUGGCGGUCUGGCCGGGUCCAGCACUGCCGGAUCCGUUCCACCAUGGAGGGUGGGACCAUGAAGUACUUCCUGACUGACAACAUCAUGUUCACCAGCAUGUAUGCCCUCAUCCAGCACUACCGGGAGACGCACCUGCGCUGCACGGAGUUCGAGCUUCGGCUCACCGACCCUGUGCCCAACCCCAACCCCCACGAGUCAAAGCCGUGGUACUAUGACGGGCUGAGCCGCGGGGAAGCAGAGGACAUGCUGAUGAGGGUUCCCCGGGACGGCGCCUUCCUCAUCCGGAGGCGGGAGGGCACCGACUCCUACGCCAUCACCUUCAGGGCCAGGGGCAAGGUAAAGCAUUGCCGCAUCCACCGGGAUGGCCGGCACUUUGUGCUGGGGACCUCUGCCUACUUCGAGAGCCUCGUGGAGCUCGUCAGCUAUUAUGAGAAACACGCGCUCUACCGGAAGAUGCGACUGCGCUACCCCGUGACGCCUGAGCUCCUGGAGCGCUACAAUAUGGAAAGAGACAUAAACUCUUUGUACGACGUCAGCAGAAUGUAUGUGGAUCCCAGUGAAAUCAACCCUUCCAUGCCUCAGAGAACCGUGAAAGCUCUGUAUGACUACAAAGCCAAGCGAAGCGAUGAGCUGAGCUUCUGCCGUGGGGCCCUCAUUCACAACGUCUCCAAGGAGCCCUGGGGCUGGUGGAAAGGAGACUAUGGGACCAGAAUCCAGCAGUACUUCCCAUCCAAUUACGUCGAGGACAUUUCAACAGUCGAUGUGGAGGUGCUGGAGAAGCAGAUUAUUGAAGACAAUCCCUUAGGGUCUCUUUGUAGGGGAAUAUUGGAUCUCAACACUUACAAUGUCGUGAAAGCACCGCAGGGGAAAAACCAGAAGCCGUUCGUGUUUAUCCUGGAGCCCAAGAAGCAGGGCGACCCCCCAGUGGAGUUUGCCACGGACAAGGUGGAAGAGCUCUUCGAGUGGUUUCAGAGCAUCCGGGAGAUCACCUGGAAGAUGGACACCAAGGAGAACAACAUGAAGUACUGGGAGAAGAACCAGUCCAUCGCCAUCGAGCUCUCGGACCUGGUGGUCUACUGCAAGCCGACCAGCAAGACCAAGGACAAUCUAGAAAACCCCGACUUCCGAGAAAUCCGCUCCUUUGUGGAGACCAAGGCGGACGGUGUCGUCAGGCAGAAACCCAUCGACCUCCUGAAAUACAAUCAGAAGGGCCUGACCCGUGUUUACCCCAAGGGACAGAGGGUGGACUCCUCCAACUACGACCCCUUUCGCCUCUGGCUGUGCGGCUCCCAGAUGGUGGCACUCAAUUUCCAGACUCCAGACAAGUACAUGCAGAUGAAUCACGCCUUGUUCUCACUCAACGGGCGGACGGGCUACGUCCUCCAGCCUGAGAGCAUGAGGUCCGAGAAGUACGACCCCAUGCCCCCAGAGUCCCAGAGGAAGAUCCUGAUGACUCUGUCUGUCAAGGUUCUCGGGGCUCGCCAUCUCCCCAAACUUGGACGAAGUAUUGCGUGUCCCUUUGUGGAGGUGGAAAUUUGUGGAGCUGAAUAUGACAACAACAAGUUUAAGACAACAGUUGUGAAUGACAAUGGCCUCAGCCCUGUUUGGGCUCCAACACAGGACAAAGUGACCUUUGAAAUUUAUGACCCCAACCUGGCGUUUCUGCGCUUUGUGGUCUACGAGGAAGAUAUGUUCAGUGAUCCCAACUUCCUUGCCCACGCCACUUACCCCAUCAAAGGAAUCAAGUCAGGAUUCAGAUCUGUUCCACUGAAGAACGGGUACAGCGAAGACAUCGAGCUGGCUUCCCUCCUGGUUUUCUGUGAGAUGCAGCCAGUCCUGGAAAGCGAAGAGGAACUUUACUCCUCCUGCCGCCAGCUCAGAAGGCGGCAGGAAGAACUGAACAAUCAGCUCUUUCUGUACGACACACACCAGAACUUGCGCAAUGCCAACCGGGAUGCCCUCGUUAAAGAGUUCAACGUCAAUGAGAACCAGCUCCAGCUGUACCAGGAGAAGUGCAACCGGAGGUUAAGAGAGAAGAGAGUCAGCAACAGCAGGUUUUACUCCUAGGAGCCGGGGUACAUGACUAAGGGGGUCACGCGUGCGUUUGUCCUCUCUUCAGGCCCUGGGAACAUGCUCAUCUGUGGGGCCAUCCUCUCCUCAAGCCUGGCCCCAAGAGGACAUUUCUGGAGAUCCCACUGGCAGGAGCUGAGGUUAUUUCCUGCUCAUUUUUUCAUCUCGGACAAUUUCUUAACUUAUAUUUUCUAUAGAGGAUUGUGGAAACUGUGUUCCUCAUUUUUGGCCUCUCGUGUUCCAAACCUCCUUGAAUAAAAGCCGUGAAAAUCCCGCUCAGUUACCCCUCCCGUGCACGACCCUUAGAUGACCAGCAUCCCUUUUCCACCUCUAAAGACCCAGGUAGUUGACUUCCAUGGUGGGAGGAGCCCAGUAUGUAAGGAACGCAUUCAUUAGAUUCUGCAAAGGAGGUUAACCAAAAGGCAAACGAUUCCUCAGUUAAGGCCACCGGCUUUCACCAGGGCCCACGGAGGAGCCCUGCCCCUGGCUGCCGUCCCUGCCGGCCUGCCCUGGCCCGGGUCAGCGGGCUCAGCUCCAAGCAUGCUCCCGCCGGCUGGCUGGCCUCACGGACCAGUGGCCGUGCCUCAAAGGGGGAUGGAAUUUCUCUUCAGGAGGACAGCUUCAGUCCAUGGUGGAGGCUUGCUCUGUGACUGCAGUUUUGGGGGGUGGGGGUGGGGUGGGGACCCCUUUGAAUUAAAAAGUCUGUCAGAGAGACCAGAGACUCACUGAAGGCUCAGCCAGCCUCUUAACCCCUGGCUCUGCUCGCUCAGGAGCUGGCUGUGAGCCCGUGGAGAGGCCCUGAGUCCACAGCUCUCCACAGACAAGAGGUCAUCUACUGAUUUAACAAGGUGAUCACAGUUAGCCCUCCGGUCAUCCCAUUUUCUGGAGCACUGAGCUAAGCCUCAGCAAACUACAAAAAAGUCCCAUCUGCAGCCAUCCCCGCAGGGGCUGACCCACCGAGGACAAGAGAGUAUUCCUCUCCAGGUCGAUACUGAUACAACCAAGUGAUUUGUACAGGGUGAGGAUUUAGUAAGGUUUCUUUUUUUUUUAAAGAUUUUAUUUAUUUGAGAGAGAGAGAAUGAGAGACAGAGAGCAUGAGAGGGAGGAGGGUCAGAGGGAGAAGCAGACUCCCCGCCGAGCAGGGAGCCCGAUGCGGGACUCGAUCCAGGGACUCCAGGAUCAUGACCUGAGCCGAAGGCAGUCGCUUAACCAACUGAGCCACCCAGGCGCCCUAGUAAGGUUUCUUAAAGACAAGGAUAGUGGGGGCGUGGAGGGUAGGACUCUGUAAAGUCACAACUUGCUCAGGGGGAAUGGAGAAUUGACUUGGUGGGGGAGGGGAAGUAACUGUGAGAAAACACUUGUAUCAGGACGACCAACUAGCAAGAAGCCUGGUGGGUUGACUGCUUGGAACUGGAUCCUAGCAACCCAUUCAGCCCUCCCCUAGUUACCCUGGACUUAGCAAGUCUGCGUUAUUGCUGGGAAGUCCAUUAAAGCCAGCCGGGCUGUGUGUGAUCAAAAAGCCUUAUGCCUGCAUUCCAAAAAAGUUUUUAAGCACCUCAAAAUACCAAGCACUGUGCCCAUGGUCAGGGGUACGAUGUAAAAAAAAAUAAAAUAAAAAAAUAAAAAAUUAGGGGUUAAAACCAAAAACCCGUGCUCGCUGUUCUGGAACAUACCCACAUGCUCCUGAAAGAAAUGCAUUUUACCUUCCCUGAAGCCAGGAGUGUAGGUAACAGCAGGCUGACGAGGGAGCUGUUACCUUGUGACAUUACUUAUUCUUCCAACUGGAGUUGCUAUUUUAUUUCGCAGUAGCAACUGAGCGAAUAUUCCUGAUGGUGGCAAAUGUUCAAAGCAACUUUGAAUAGAAGUGAGAGGCAAAGACACUGAGCUGAGUGCCACGCAAAGGGAUUUGCAGACUCUAGAGCCAGUGUCCUGUUCGCCAUUGGCCAGGUGGCCACUGGAGCCUAAUCAUUGCACCCCCAGCCCUACCUCCAGACUUCUUUUGCCUCCAUCAUUACCUCUACACCACAGAGCUCAGGUGCUGCUGUCGUCUCCCCUGUUUUCAGCUGAGCGGGGAGUAAGAGACCUAAACCUUCCCACUUCACUCCAUUUUAAAGUCAAAGAGCUAAAGCCUGGAUCCCCUUUCUGCUUAAAAUGGAUUUUCUGCUAGUGUGUCAAAGAAAUUAAGAUGGGGUGGCAUAGAAGGCAAAAACGGAGCACCUUUUCAGCUGUUACCGUGUAAAAUCCAUACCCAUCCACACCUAUGCUGAGAAAAAGCAGAUACUGGGGUAGUGGGGAUUAGAACAUAAAUGGUGCUGCGAAGAACUCUUUCCCUAAGACUGUCUCCUCCUAGGUGCUACAGUGACUUGAAUCCACCAUUAGGGAGUAUUGGUUUUUGCUCAUCCCUUCUCCCCUUAAUAGGGUAACACAUGAAUUUAACUGAGAGAAGGUGGUACUAGGAUUCUCUCAGGAAAGACGCAGAGGGAAUGUGAAGGGCACAGGGGAUAUCACUACUCUUCCCAUAGUCUGCCCGGAUGCCACAGAACCUAAGUAUAAGAUAUUCAGCUGAGGCUGUGGCUUAACCAUCGUGGAAUAAGCACAAUUCAGGCCAAGCAGAACAGUGAGAGGAGCAUCUUGAGAGACCCCAGCAGCACAGCAGAUCUGAACCACGACUGUGUAUGCGUUACACUGUUUUCGUUAACCGCUUCUCUAGGUGGAGCAUUUAGAAUAGGUUUUAUCACAUGGAAAAAAUAAAGGGGUGGGGCUGGUUAGAUCAUUAGAGUUUGGGAAAUUCAGGUUGUACAAAGUUAAAUAAUUGCUCUGCUGCGAAACGUGGCUAUCCUAAUGUGCACAGUUGAGAGAGGUGUGGAAUAUCACAUUUCCCAAAUUAGAUCUCUCAAUCCUUUCGCCAAGGGAUGUCUAUCUCAUGGGACUAGUGUGCAAGGCAGCACAAUUGAGGGCCGGCUGCUCUAUGAAGAAGACAGCCACAGGGCUGCAUGACUGCCUCAGUUGGAAGAGCAAGCGACUCUUGAUCUCGGGGUCAUGAGCUUGAGGUUCCAUGAUGGGUGUAGAGGUUACUAAAAAAUUAAAAAGGCAGCCAGGCAAGAGAAUCUAAUAAUUGAUAUACCUUGUGACUUAGUUAAAUAAAAUCUGAACUUAAGCCACUAAGGCCAAUGGUCUUAAAAUGGGGCAGCCUUACCCCCACCUAUCUACCACAGCUUUCUAAGGAAUACACAGGGCUCAGAUAGUUUUAGGGGAUCAAUUUUCAGAUCCUUACCUUCCUAUUUUACUCUUUCUUAAGACUCAUCUGCCUCAGAAAAUGCCUUUUUCUCCCCUUAAAAAGAAAAUGCUCUUUCCCCAGAGUCAGUCUUAAACUAUGGAGCAUGACUCAAGGUAUAACAUUUACAAUAUGAGUGCUUGGAAAGUGAAAGCCUCUUAACAAUCAGGUACAAAUCCUUCUGCCAUUCAGGUGGUUCUCAAUUCUUUUGAUUUCAAUGAAGUUGAAGGAACACCCAAGAUUUCUUAGUAUUUUAGCAUGUAGUUCUGAAGGCCUUGGAAGAAUUCAGCUAUCACGCUAACACAAAAACGCCUUCUGUUCCUGUCUCCUUAUCUCCUCGAACAAAGAUCAGCAACACUUGCAUACAUAAAAUUGCCAAAGGAGAAAAGAAUUGAUACUGUGACCAUUCUAACAAAGGUAACCUUCAUCCACAGAGAGAUGAAAUAACAGGGUAGAAGCUUCCUUCAACACACUGACACAUUGCCAAUGAAAUUUUACUAUGUUUAUUUAUUAAAAUUUGUACUCUAUUAGUUUUAUUGACCAAGUUCAAUCCAGAAGAAAGUUUCAAAUACAUCGAGCCUUAUGAUUUAUAGGAUAUCAUAGAAUUGUGUUAUAAAUAUGCAAAGAAUCAAUAUAAAAGCCAAAAAUCAAUAGGCUAAAAUUUUGAAGGGAAGUAGAAUAAAAAUACACAUUCAAGGAGUAAAAGGAAAAAGUGUGGUAUUUCCUACCAUCAAAAAUUGCCUUAUUCAUGUAAUUUUUUAGAAGGGUAGUAGUGUCUCUCAGCUCUUGUAUUUAGAACCUCUAGGCUAAACUUAAAGAGGAAUGUAAGCAUUUUAUUUUAAGAUGCAGUAUCUACAGCAUGCUGACAACUUGGAUCCUUUGCAGUGAUUUACGAUGAAAAAUUUUAGACAUCCAUUUAGAAAUGUUCAGGCGGAUACUCAGAUUUUCAAAAUUCACUGAAGAGGUCUCUGAGUGUUAAAUUUUAAGACGGCUGAUCUGGGGCCACUAAGUGAUGAGUUGCACUUGAAACCAAGAAGGACGGCUAAAAGGGGCCCCAAUCCUUUUAACAAAUUUAAAAUGGAUAAAAGUAAUUUUCAGGGCACCAGGGUGGCUCAGUCAGUUAAGCGUCCAACUCACGAUCUCAAUUUAGGUCUUGAUCUCAGGGUUGUUAGUUUAAGCCCUACGAUGGGCAUGAAGCAUACUUUAAAAAAAAAAAAAUGAAGUUAACUUUCAACUUUCAACUGCAUAUUGGGUGACUGCAGCUUGGGUGACUGCUAACUUUCUGGAGACAACCCUAAAAAGCCAUACUCUGGCCAAUGGAAAGUUAAUAAAUAGUUUAAGAAAUAUGCAGAAUGACAAAA